AUUCAGCUAUCACAGCUCCAAUCACUAAGCUCUAAACAUCUGCCAGAAUCCAUUUACCAGGAUGAAGAAGCUCAUCAUUGAUGUGGAUGCUGGGGUGGAUGAUGCUAUUGCCAUCAUGAUGGCCCUCUCCACACCUGAUGUGGAAGUUUUGGGGAUCACCUGCUGCUAUGGCAACACGUCUGUGGAGAAUGUCCUCAGAAAUGUCCUUCGUGUCCUGAAAGUCUGCGACAGGCUGGACAUUCCAGUGUACCGUGGCUGCUCAAAGCCUUUGGUGGACCAUGAAAACCAUGCAGAUAAUUUCUUUGGAUCAGACGGGUUUGGGGACGUUCCAGAUCCACACGCACCAAGCCUGGAUCUGGUGCAGCAGAAAAAAGCCAAACAGGCCAUUAUUGACCUUGUGAACGCAAAUGAUAAAGAGGUGAUCCUCAUAUCCACUGCCCCCCUCAUGAACCUGGCUGCAGCAGUGCAGUUGGACCCUUCCUUGCCUAAAAAGCUUAAGGCGCUCUACAUCAUGGGGGGAACCAUUGAAGCCAGGGGUAACAUCACAAUAUGUGGAGAGUUUAACUUUGUGUGUGACCCAGAGGCUGCUUACAUCGUGUUGGACCGCUACACAUGCCCAACCUACAUCGCUACCUGGGAGUUCACCUGCUGGAACUGCCUGCCAUGGUCUUUCUGUGACACCUGGUUAUCUGUACAUACUGAAAAAUCAGACUUUGUGGAAAAGAUUUUACGCAUCUCAAGACAGAAGUGUGAACAGAAACAUCAAGAAUUUAAUCCCUGUGACGCCUACGCCAUGGCUGCAGCCAUCAAUGAUGCAGUCAUACCUAAGAGUGAAGAGGUUGCAGUGACGGUGGAGUUGCAGGGGAUCUACACUCGAGGCAUGAUGGUGCUGGACCGCGACGAGAAGCUGAAAAAAGAACACAAAGUCUUCAUCAUGAAGAACGUCGACUUGGAGAAGUUCAAGGAAAUGUUGAUUAAUGCAGUCAAAAAGAGUGAUGCUGUACACUCUGAGACCUGAGUGUUAUGAUUCAUAACAACAAAUAAAAACUUUUGUGUUGCAGUCUCACAAACCAUGUACAACAUUCAUUAAGAAACAGUUUGUCCAGAUUGGUGUUGAAGAAGUUGACCAGUUCUCAACUGUGUAGUAGUAAAUAAAGUUAAUGCUG